GGGCGGGGUCAGGCCUUCGCCGUUGCCGCUCCGCGCUUGCGCCGCGCUGCAGAGGGUGGCUGCGGAGCCGGCCGUGUGCUGUCGUGUCGCCGGUCCCGGCCAUGGCUCCCAAGGGUGGCCUCAAGCAGCAGUCGGAGGAGGACCUGCUCCUCCAGGACUUCAGCCGCAAUCUCUCGGCCAAGUCGUCGGCGCUCUUCUUCGGGAACGCCUUCAUCGUGUCGGCCAUCCCCAUCUGGCUCUACUGGAGGAUAUGGCACAUGGACCUUGUGCAGUCGGCGGUCCUCUACAGCGUCAUGACCCUGGUCAGCACCUACUUGGUCGCUUUUGCAUAUAAGAACGUCAAGUUUGUCCUUAAACACAAGGUCGCCCAGAAGAGAGAGGAUGCCGUCUCCAAAGAAGUGACUCGGAAACUUUCUGAGGCUGACAACAGGAAGAUGUCUCGCAAGGAAAAAGACGAAAGAAUCCUGUGGAAGAAGAAUGAAGUGGCUGAUUAUGAAGCUACCACCUUCUCCAUCUUCUACAAUAACACGCUUUUCCUGGUCUUGGUCAUUGUGGCUUCUUUCUUUAUCCUGAAGAACUUCAACCCAACCGUGAACUAUAUCUUAUCCAUAAGUGCCUCAUCAGGCCUGAUCGCCCUGCUGUCUACUGGCUCCAAAUAAA